AUGUUGAACCUAUUUGUGGCUGUCAUCAUGGACAACUUUGAGUACCUGACCCGAGAUUCAUCCAUCCUCGGACCUCAUCAUCUGGACGAGUUCAUUCGUGUGUGGGCAGAGUACGACCCAGCUGCUUGUGGGCGGAUCAGUUACACCGACAUGUACGAGAUGCUGAGGCACAUGUCGCCACCACUUGGCCUCGGGAAGAACUGUCCCGCUCGUAUUGCCUAUAAGCGUUUGGUCAGGAUGAACAUGCCCAUCUCAAACGAUGAUCUGAGUGUCCACUUCACGUCAACGCUAAUGGCCUUGAUAAGGACAGCCCUGGACAUCAAACUUGCAUCAGGUGUGCUGCAACACCAGUGUGACGCUGAGCUAAGGAAGGAGGUCUCGAUGGUUUGGCCCAAUUUGUCCUCCAAAAACUUGGAUCUGUUAGUGCCACCUCAUAAACCUGAAGCCAUGACAGUGGGGAAGGUUUAUGCAGCCUUGAUGAUAUUUGAUUUCUACAAACAAAAUAAAAACACCCGUGACCCAUCUCAUUCAGGCCCUGGAUGUCAGACUGGUACCGUUUCCCUUUUCCACCCACUGAAAGCAGCCCUGGAGCAGAGCCAGACAGGAUUCCCCAAUGCUUUCCUGCGUCAAAAGAGCUCCGCGUCACUCAACAAUGGGGGCACCCUGCCGAUGCCGGAAGGGGGAGGCAUCAAAGAAUCUGUCUCCUGGGGGAUCCAGCACACCCAGAACAUGUUUUAUGAAACUAGGACGCCAGCCUUUGAAAGAGGCCAUUCAGAAGAAAUCCCCGUCCAGCAGG